AUGAACGGGGUCCUCUUCGUCUGGUUGUGCCUGACCUCCUGGCUACCUCUGGCCACCGCACAGGACUACACCUGCAGUGCCACGAAGCCCUGUGCCAUCGGCUGUUGCUCGAAUACCGGGGUUUGUGGCCUGGGGCCCGACUUCUGUGGAGAUACUUGUAUCUCAAAUUGUGAUAGCAAGUCAGAAUGCAAUCCAGGAUGGGGAAUGGAGUGGUCGCAAGCCGACAAAUGUCCCCUGAGCGUCUGCUGCUCCAAGUUUGGAUUCUGCGGUACGACGGAGGAGUUCUGUGGGAACAAGACUGUUCAGUCGCCCCAGUGCUCCAGCGGUUCCAGCUCUUCCAAGAAGACCAUCGGGUACUAUGAGGCCUGGAGUGUCACGCGCAGCUGUGAUCGCAUGUAUCCUGAAUCCCUACCGAUCGGCUCCUAUACCCAUCUCAAUUUCGCUUUUGCAUUCAUCGACCCGUCCAGCUUCAAGGUUGCACCAAUGAAUGCCGGUGAUGAAGCACUCUACAAGCGCUUCACCGGCUUGAAGAGUUUAUAUCCCGAUCUGGAAACUUGGAUCUCCAUUGGCGGUUGGAGUAUGAACGACCCCGACCAGCCCACGGCCACCACAUUCUCCGAUCUGGCGGGCUCAGCCGAUGCACAGGCAAAAUUCUUUGCUUCUCUGAUCUCUUUCAUGGAAACUUACGGCUUCGACGGCGUUGACAUCGACUGGGAAUAUCCCGUCGCCGAGGAGCGUUCUGGCAAGCCGGCAGACUAUCAGAACUACCCUGCUUUCCUGAGAAAUCUCCGAAACGCCCUGAGCUCGACCGGACACAAGUAUGGGCUUUCCAUUACGAUUCCUUCCUCCUACUGGUACCUACAGCAUUUCGACAUCGUUGAGAUCGAAAAAACCAUUGACUGGUUCAACGUGAUGUCGUAUGACCUACACGGCACCUGGGACAGCUCUAAUCGCUUUACUGGCCCCUACCUGAAAUCCCACACCAACCUUACGGAGAUUGACCAGGCGCUCCAGCUGCUCUGGCGGAAUGAUAUCAAUCCUGACCAUGUGGUGCUGGGACUUGGUUUCUACGGUCGAUCUUUCACCCUCACGGAUCCUGCCUGCUCCAAGCCAGGAUGCACCUUCUCCUCUGGCGGUAAUGCAGGCCCUUGCACCGCCGCCGUCGGCACGCUAUCUUAUGCGGAGAUCGAAAAGGUCAUUGCUGGUGGGGCCAAGGUCGAGCUUGAUACGGAUGCAGCUGUCAAGAUCGUGACCUGGGGCGGCAACCAAUGGGUCAGCUACGACGAUUCCGAAACGCUCAAGCUCAAGCUGGACUAUUCCAACAAACACUGCCUAGGAGGCACCAUGGUGUGGGCGGCAUCGACGGAUGACGCGCAGGGCAGUGCGGCCGCAGCGCUCUCCAAGCUGACGGGCCGGUCCAUCAUCUCGCUGGCCGCAACCUCCUCGUCGGCGGACCAGGUUCAAUCCUGCCGGCUGGGAGAAUGCGGAAAACAGUGUCCCAGCGGUCUCAAGCCGGCCCAGCGCAGCGAUGGCAAGAACAAGGGCAACACGGGUACAAAUACCGGAUGUCCGAGCGGCCAGUCACGACUAUAUUGCUGUCCUCCAGACAACAUGCCCACGUGCCAGUGGAGAGGAGGAGCGCCAUUCUGCAAUGGCAAGUGCCAUGACGGCGAGGUCGAAGUCUCGAGCAGUCUCAGUGGCACGGGGUCUGAAUGCUGGACCGGGCAUAAGGUGCUGUGCUGCACGCAGAAUGCGGCCAACGCGGCCGUGGCCGAGUGCAAAUGGUCUGGCAGUGCACCGUUUUGCGCAGCACCGUUUAGCAAAGCCGGUUGCCCUACAGGCCGCGACAGACUCACGUACUCGAACUAUGGUGCCGGUGGUGAGGAGCCAUGCAUCACAGGAUAUAAGUCCUUUUGUUGCGACCAACCUCCUCCAUAUGAGGACUGCGAUUGGUAUUACCAUGGUGGCAAAAUCCUGGGACAAAUUCCGUUUCAAUGUACUGGCGAAUGCCCUGCCGGCAAGGCAUCCAUUGCAACAGAUCCGUCAGGAUGCCUUUCAGGUUACGGAUCCUUCUGCUGUAGCUCUCCCGCGACAACGAAUGAUCCGCUGGUAGCUGCAUUUACCACACGAUUGGAGAAGUUCAUCAAGAACCCCGUUUGCAAGGCGAGCGACCGGCAGUACACCAAGCGUGAUGAUGGUGACAGGACCGUGACUCUGGCCAAGCGACACGACCUGGCUGCGUCGGACUGGUCGGGGCUACUGUUGCAGAUUUCGGCUCUGGCAAUAGGCAGGGCCGGAACAUAUCAGUCGUCGCUGAUGGCGGCCGAGUUCAACACAACUUAUGGCGAACCGUUUGGUCUGUCGUUGGACCAGAUCCAUCGAUCGUUUGACGACGCACCUCUGGUGGACACGAAUUCCCGCACUGAGAGUCUCAUGUGCAUGGGCAGAAACGCCGGGAAUGAGGUAGAUGACUAUGAAAGGUCCCGAAGCAGCGUCUGCCGUCGCGGCAUUGAUGCCUCUCUGUCGGAGUCGAACGGCACCAAAUUGCUCCUCAAUCGGAACAUUGGGGAGUCGGAGGAAUCUCAGUCCUCGGCGCAGUUCGGGUUACCAACGUGGGGGUACAUUGUGGACGGUAUCGUCAAUGGCCACAUGACGCUGGUCUAUGAGCAGCUCAUCCGCACCAACGCGGGCGAGAACAUUCUCGAGAUUGUCUGGGAAGUCCCUGACGAUAGCUACCGGGAGACGGCAGCCGAUCGAUGGGUGGCCUUCCAUUUCCACUUUGAGCAUCUGGCCAACCGCGGUGGUGUCAACCGCGCCGGUAUCUACGCGAUUGUCGCCUUCCACGCCCAGCAAUAUGCGAACAGCAACCGCUUCUCGCGCGUGGAUGGGAAUGAGCACCAGGGAGACAAUCGGCGGGCGCAUAUUCUCCAGUGCAACACGGGGAGUGAGGCGAACGAAAAUACGAUCUACUGGUACCCUGGCGAUCUGCCCAACUCGGCAACCAACAAUCUGCCAGUGUGGGCGCAGGUAGUGACGCGGUUCGGGAACUAUCUGUUUGACGAGGAUCUGAUCACGGAGGAGACGUUCACCGGAGCGCAGCGGGGACAGUUGACCACAGUUGCUGAUGACAGCGAUCCCUGUUCCUCAAGGCGGUACUUUGACUGGGGUGAAUAUCGGCAGAGCCGACAGUUCACACCCAAUGGCAAUGCGCAGGGGCAGCCGAGCACGGAGGAUAGUCAGAAUGAUAAUGACGAGGUAUAACUAGUAGAUGCG